GACCAAGCCCAAAUAAGGCUGGGCCCGCGAGGCCUUGCGGAGUGCGAGAAGGAAACCAAAUGGAAGGAAAUAGAACUACCGAAAGUAAACGAAAAUGGAAGAAGUGGUUGGGGGCGGAGGAGGAGGAGGAGGAGGCGGUGGGUACUUGUGGUGGGCCGCCGCAAGCACCGCCCAGAUAGCGCUGGGCAUCAAAUCCAUCCGCAGAGGCCACGCCGGCGACUCCCAUCUGAUGCCUUUCAAAGCCUUCAUCGUCGCCUCUCUCUUUGUUGGCGCCACUGCCUCUGCCGCCGUCGCCCUUCUCCGUUCCUCUGGCGUCUACUCGGUUGAAGACAUGAAGGAAGUCGGUGCAAAUAUAAGGACUGGAUUUGGGGUUCCUCCACGGGCACAAGAUAAAUAGAUGUUUGAACUUUGGAAUUUAUGGUAGUUUCACUCCCCUUUCCACCCCCUCCCCCCCCUUUUCAAGUAACUUAUUGUUUCCUUUUUUUUUUUUCCUCUUCUCGUCUUACCAGUUACUACAAAUGUAUAACUUUUUUUGGUGUGGCAGAGUGGCUAGUGUAUUUUUCUGUGUUCACUCUUGCUAGUGAUUUAUAUGCAAGAUUUUCUCCAAAA